ACAGUGACCGUAAAGAGGACAGACCGUGGAGAAAACAUCUCUUUGUAAUUGAUUGUUAGCUAACAAUUCCAAGAUUGUUGUAUAAAUUACGGUGAAUAUGAAUAUUUUGCCAAAAAAAAAGUGGCAUGUUCGAACUAAGGACAACAUCGCACGCGUCCGACGUGAUGAAGCAAAAGCUGCAGAAGAUGAGAAAGAACGGCUAAAGCGAGUGGCACUUGCAGAUAAAGAAGUGCGCACUGAAUUACUUCGACAAAAAGCUCGAGGAAAUCGAGAUAAUUUUUCCAACCAUUUUAAACCUACUAAAAGUUCCCCGCCAACACGGCUGGAACAUAUCAAUUUUUUCGCCGAACUUGAGGAGGGCAAGCUUGUAGGAUUUAAACAGGGCAAUGCUGACUAUGAUAAGGAAAAAAGGAAAGAGCAGGAAAGUUAUGAGAAACAGGUAGGCUAUCUCACUUAUCUGGGCCAGGAUACCAAUGAAACCCUUGGCAUAAAAGAUUGGUAUGACAUGCUACCAAAAAAACAUGAUAAAAUUGACAACAAUGGGCAGUUUGUUGAACUAGGCGAAAAUAAAAAAUAUUCUCAUGAUCCCAUCCAUAUGAUCAGAAAAUAUGUUCCCUCUGCCCGUUGCUCUGUUUCACAAAGAAUAAGAUCAAACAUUUCACAGAAUAAUCGAGGCAGGACAGCUCAUGUAGUAGAAACUCAGCGAAAAGUGCAACGAAAACAUGAAACCAAUUCAAUUGAAAUCGACAGACCAGAAAAGAAAAUGAAACAUAAAUGUUUACAUAACAGAGAACGUAAGUAUAAUAAAAAACUGAAGAAUGAUAAGUAUCGUCGAACUGAUAAUAUAAACAAGGAAGAAGAACAUCGCAAAGCGGUUAGAAUAGAAAUAAUGCGCCAAGAACGCAUUGCGCGAGAGUUGAAAGAGAAAGAGAGGUCGAAAAAAAUAAUUGCUCGAGCACAAAACUCCAAUCCGUUUAAUGAACCCGAACCAACGGUAGUGUCUUUAGGAGAUUGUGCACCACGUCAAAAGUACAAUUCUCAAUUUAAUCCGGAUAUAGCAAAACAAAACAUUUGACUCCGCCACUCUUAAAAAUGUAUUUUUAUUACUUAUUUUAAAUCAUGCCAUAUGAAGAAAUUGACGUAUGAAAUUCAAAUAAAGCUGAGAACCUUUGCAACAAACAUCUAAUAGCCGCUUUUUAUAAUAUGCCGUCAAUGAACGCUUGCAGUCUAUGAUCUCAUCCAAAUCCAUAGAUACUCUAAAAAUAAACCACAAUUAUUCUGGAAAUAGAAGAAUUAGUUCAUUUCCGACCCGAGCUUGGAACCCAUUUUGUAUGAACGGAGUCAUGCGACAUUUAUUUAAACAGAACAACUUACAAAAAUUAUUAAUUGAAAGUAGUGGCGA